UGAAACCGCAGCAAAUGAAGUGUUGCCACGUGAUUUAUGACUGCUUUGGAUUGCCCAAAAUUGUUGCUAGAUUAUUAAGUGACAAAUCCUUAGAAAGUGGUAGAUAAUUACAUUAACAUGUUAGCAUACAUCUUCAGGGUCCUUCCUCUAUGGAGCCUCUCCUGUUCCCUCGAGAGUCAGGCCAGUUUGUAGCAGAGCAGAGUCAGGAUGUGUUUGUGGAGGAAGAAGGCGUGAGGAAGGUGGCACAGAUGUUCUACGCUCUGCGGGGUAGUAAUGAACUGAGCGCCAGUGGUUGGAAGAUGGCCAACCCCCUGGCCCCUGCACCCACCUCUGACCAGGCCUUCAAUUGGGUGUUCGUGGUUGACACUAUGAACUUCUCUUUCUGGCCCAAUGACGAUACCCGCCAGUGUGAGGUGACCUUCCGCGGUACCACGCACACAGGCUACAUGACCUUGUGUGCCGCCAUCACCAGAGCCAUGGAGGAAGGGGUGCCCAUUACCGACCCCAAGUUCUUCUCCCAGAUCUCCGUGGAGGAGCUGGCGCACAUCCUUCGCUCUGACAACGAAACGCCCAUGCCCAUGCUUCAGGAGCGCCAUCAGGUGCUGACUGAAGGCGGUCGUGUGCUGUUGCAACAUGGUGGAAGCUUCCAGAGUUUCAUCAGCCGGGCCGAGAACGACGCCCGGAAGAUGGUGGAGCUCAUCGUGGAGAAGAUUCCCUCCUAUCGAGACGAAGCUGUUUACCAGGGGAGGAGGAUCUCAUUGUACAAGAGGGCUCAGAUCCUGGUGGCCGAUUUCUGGGCCAUGGCGACGGCGGCCAGGGGCGCGACAGACAUCGUCAACAUGGACUGGCUUACUAUGUUUGCUGACUACCGGGUCCCACAGGCCCUCGUCUUCCUGGGUGUGUUGCGAUACUCGGACGCUCUGAUGCGGAUGCUCAAGAGCGGCGAGCUGUUGCAUUCAGGUGACCGCAGGGAGGUGGAGAUUCGGGCGUGCUCCAUUUGGGCAGUGGAGCGCAUUAAGGCCCGCCUGGAUGAGCUGGCGCGGGAACAGGGCGCCGAGAGCAGUGGCAUCAACUCGGUGCUUAUCGACUUCUACUUGUGGCCGUACGCCAAGCAGCACCACCGAGAGAUGGCUCACAUUCCCAUACACCACACGCGUUGUGUUUACUAUUGAUAUGAUAGACGCCGCCAGUGUCGGGGAACCAUGCCAACUGCCUUUAUGUACAUUAUUUUAAUUGUCCUUUUUCCUGUCAGUCACACAGGGGCUACAGUACAUAAAGUUUACACACCCCUGUUCAAAUGCUAGGCUUUUAUGAUAUAAAAGAAUGACAUUAAGAUAAAUCAUUUCAAAACUUUUCCCCACUAUUAAUCUGAGCUAUAACUAGGUAGAAAUCAAUUGAACUUUUUUUUCAAAUUGGUUUCAUUGGCCCACAAGGGAUGAUGUGUUCUGGUUUGAUGAAACCAAUGUUGUACUUUUGGGCUAUAAUGACAAGCCGUAUGUUUGAUGUUAAUGCAACACUGUUAAUCACCAACAGGAACGCCCUACUUGUGCCUACGGUGAAGCAUGGUGGUGGCAGCAUCAUGCUUUGGGCUGUUUUUCUUCCAACUGGAACUGAGGCAUUUGGCAGGGUUGAGGAAAUUCUGAACAAUUUUAAAUAGCAGUCAAUGUUUGCACAAGACCUUCAGGCAUUCCACGAGAAAGCAAAAAAAAAAAAA